AUGAGAUCAAAUCUGGAAGACGAAGCGGUGCAAAAGGAAGUGCCAGCAACUAAGGUAUUGCCAGACAGCGAGGAUGUUACUCCCGCAAAGCCAACAAAGGCUCGUCGCCAUCCGGCUGUUGGCAGUGGUGGACCAGGCCGCAAAUCAAAAGCCUGUCUGGCGUGCAAGAAACUCAAGAUGAAGUGCGAGGUGUUUCCAGGUGACCGGAAUUGCAAGCAUUGCUUGAGACGUAAAGUGGAUUGCAUUUUCAAAACAACCAGGUUCAUCGAAGUCGAUCUGGAGGAGGACACUUCGACACUGGAAGACCCUUAUGAGAAAAAAUUCGAUCUCAUGAGAGAAGAGAUGCGACUAAUGAGGCAGAGUAUAAAUUCGAUAUUGGCAGAGAAGAGAGCACCAAACGUCAGUUUUGAAGCCAGUCUCGCGGCACACAACGUACCGACCGGAACUCCAUGCAGUACAACAACAAGCCCUGCGGGCCUAUCCAGCACCAGAGAAGACAAUACGCAGAUGGCCAUGACUCGAGAAAAUUCGCUCGAACCAGACCCCAUGAAUGCAGCUGUGACUGUGGAAGAGCCCAUGGGAAGUCUUUACGAAGUCACGCGCUUAAGGAAUAUCCGAAGCAACAAAGCCAACACUGCGAGGCCAUUGUCUGGGGGGCAGGGGGAGCUAAACGAUUUCAUCUCCAGGGGAGUCAUCUCUGAGCACGAGGCCGAGGAACUGUACAACUCAUUCCAUAUGUCUCUUAAUCAUUAUCUCUGGGUCGGUCUUGAGCAGACACAUCCUUCGUUCUAUUCCGUCCGCAAGUCAUCAGAACUCCUGACCGCCACGAUACUCGCCGUCACAGCCUUGCACCUUCCAACCAGUUCCGAAACGUUCGAUAAAUGCUACAGAGAAUUUCUGGCCCUUAUUGCAUCUUCCAUGUUUUCUCGGUACCAUUCAAUCGACGACGUCAGGGGCUUGUGCAUCGCGGCAUUCUGGCUGUCGGACGUGUCAUGGAAAUUAUCGGGCCACGCCAUCCGCAUCGCAACCGAACUGAAUGUGCACCAAAGCUUUGCCAAGGCUCUCGAGGGAGACCCCGAACACUUCCAGAGGGCUCGGCUCUGGUACAUGCUCUACGUCUGCGAUCAUCAUUUCUCAAUAGCCUACGGCCGCCCCCCGAUGAUUGCAGAGUCCAUUCAGAUCCGAGAACACGAAUUGUUUCUUACCUCCCCCUUGGCCGACGCCAUUGACGCUAGAAUACUGUCCCAGGUUGCUCUCAUGCAGAUUCUCACACGGGUUUUCGACCGCUUCGGCGAACGCCGUCUCCCAGAUCGAAAUACGAUCCGCAUGGGACGCGGCGGUGCAGCCAAUGAUGCGAACCCAGCAAACGAAUCAUCCUCGACCAUGCUCACCGAGGAGGACUUUGUCGACGUGCGGAACUUCAACGUGGAGAUUGAGCAGUGGCGGAUGUUGUGGUACUCGCGCCAGCGGGCAAACAACUUCAUCGGCACGUUCCCGCCAAAGGGGAUUAUUCUGUACAGCUACUUCGCCAAGCUGCAGCUCAACAUACUCGCCGUCCGUGGCGUGAGCCUGAAUAGCGGUCGCCUCUCGACCGAGAGAAAGGAGCUGACCAAUAUGGCCAUCUCCGCUGCUGCGAGUAUUCUGACAUUCGUGCUCGAGGAAGAUGACUUGAGACGGGCGCUUGUUGGCACGCCGCUCUAUGUCCAUAUGAUGAUUGCUUUUGCCUGCGUCUUCUUGAUGAAGGUGGCCACGAAAUGGAACAGGAUCAUGGGCUUCAACAUCGAGCACAGCUACACGAAUGUGUCGAGGUUGAUGGAGAAGAUGAUCGACCUACUGAAGAGGUCUGUGACCUCGGACCGGCAUGUACUGCACCACAUAGCAGCCGGGCUGGAGAAGAUGCUGGGCAAGAUGACAGCGGAAGCUACCAGUGUGGAGGAAUAUCGACAGGUGCCAGAACACAGUGCUGAUGCCGAGGCUGGCAUGCCGGAUAUGAACGCGCCGGGCUACAGCACCCCCUUGAUUAGCUCUGGCUUCGGCGCGGCUGUGCAAGGCGCGCAGCUGGUGACGCCGGGAUGGGAGGUGCAAUCGGCGUCUGGUGAAAAUUUCUUUGGCAACGGAUCGAGCUUCAUGAAUGAUAGCUUGCUGUAUGAAGCGUUUGGGACGGACACUUCCAACGAUGUAUAUAAUCUGCUUACAAGCCAUUUCACUUAG